CCGGCCCGUCUGGUUGUCAUGAGAGCGGCGGCCGCGGCCCUGGCGCUGGGCGCAGGCGGCCGGGGCUGCUCCUCGGCGGCCACCGCCGCUGCAGCUCGGGAGUGCGAGCCUUCCCGGGGCGGUGAAGGAGGCGCCGCCUGAGCUCCGGAAGGCGCUGCCGAGGUCCGGGCGGGCCUUGCGUCCUGACAGAGUUGUUUCGAUUUCAUUGGUGGAUGUCAACGAUCCUGAUACAUCUUGAAAAGUUGCAUUUUGGUAGAGUUGGCGAGGCUGCCUCUGAGCAGCCGCUAGGAAGGCACGGACGGACUCUCUCGUGGUCUGAAGCGUAACCAAGUCCUUUCUCCUGAAGACGUCUGCCCGCCCUCGGAGCAGCCGGCGCCCAGGAUGCCGCACAAGGUCGGCUUCGUCGUGGUCAGCUCCUCCGGGCACGAGGACGGCUUCAGCGCCCGGGAACUGAUGCUCCACGCGCCCACCGUCAGCGGGUGGAGGUCGCCCAGAUUCUGCCAGUUCCCCCAAGAGGUCGUCCUCCAGCUGGUGGAGCGGUGCCGGAUCCGGAAGCUGCAGCUGCUCGCCCACCAGUACAUGAUCCCCAGCAAGGUGGAGUUCUACGUGAGCGAGAGCCUGCCCGAGUGCUUCGCGCCCUGCCAGGCCGAGCGCUUCCGAAGGCUCGGCUACGUCUCUCUCUGUGACAACGAGAAGACGGGCUGCAGAGCCCGGGAGCUGAAGUCCGUCUACGUGGACGCGGUGGGACAGUUUCUGAAGCUGACCUUCCACGAAAACCACAUCAACAAGUACAACAUAUACAAUCAGGUCGCUCUGGUUGCCGUGAACGUCAUUGGGGACCCUGCAGACUUCGGUGAUGAGAGCAAUAUCACCUCCAGAGAGAAGCUGAUCGACCACUAUCUGGGGCACAACGCCGAGGACCCGGCCCUGGAAGGAACCUGUACUGGGAAAUCCGACUACAUUUCUCCACUAGACGACUUAGCCUUCGAUAUGUACCAGGAUCCUGAAGUUGCCCAGAUCAUACGCAAAUUAGAUGAAAGAAAACGCGAAGCCGUCCAAAAGGAACGUUACGACUAUGCCAAGAAGCUGAAACAAGCUAUUGCUGACCUGCAGAAGAUGCGCAGGCCUCCCGACGCGCCCCUGCAGCCCCUGGCACGCUCCGGCAGUCCUCGCCACCAGCCGCCCGCGCUCGCCCGGCCGCAAGAAGACCGAGUGCCAGAAAGCCGGCGGGCAGAGCCUUUCCUCCAGGAAAAGCCUCCGGCGCGUCCCCAGGGCCCUCAGCCCGCCACAGUGGACCAGUGGCCACCGGCCGCGGACCCUCCUCCUAGGACCCAGCUGCAGGCCGUGCCCUACGAUGAGCGGCCCCUUCCUGCCACCCGGAGGCAGCCUGCGGCGGCGCUGGAGCCAGAGAAGGGUGAGGCGGAUGGCAGCGAGGCUCCGGGGGGAGGUGCCCCCGGGGAGCCGGAGCCCUUGACGGAGAAGGCGUUGAGAGAGGCCGGCCCUGCUGUGGACGUGCUCGGAGAAGCCCUGGUAACGGCAGGGCCCCGCGGUGGGCGCGUGUCACGGGGAGGGACGGGGGCGGGGCAGUGCUCGCAGCUCCGUGUCGAGAGGUUCCUGACUCUCUGUGGUCCAUGUUCGGUUGAAGUCUUCUGAUGAUAAUUAAUUGUACGAAACAGCAGAAACACAAGCUAGAAGUCAAGAUUUUUGUGAGUGAGUGUUGAAGACUAGGGGUUUCUGUCUAGUAUGGCCAGAGCUGGCAUUGAAACUCUGCCCCUUCCGGAACCCCUGCUGAUCCCGGGGGGCAUGACGGCCAAGCGAAGCAGAAGGUGGUGGAGUUUCCGGCGUUUCCCUGGCCCCUGUCCCCUAGGCCUCUGGCCCCUUGACCCCCUUGUCCCCCGGCUCCCU